AUGUUUUCUACACAUAUAGCUGUCGCUGAACUAGAUUUAAACAUGGAUGGAUUCAGUAAUGGUGCUUCACAUAACAACACGUUUGAAGAAAUUGGUAAUGAUGUUUUAAAUUUUGACGAGAUACUAGAACCUGGCUCUUUUGAAAAUAAGGAAGACUCGAGUAGUGUGGAUAAUGUGCUUCCCAAGGAAAAUCUGAUCGGUACCGACGCGUUGAAUGGGGAUGACGCGACUAGAAAUGAUAAGAAUAAUUUAUUCCAAAGCCUCAGUACCCCAAGUAUUAUUUCAAGUACUGCAUCUUUUCAUGCCAUAGACGGUAAUAUCAGUGAUGAUACUUUUGGUACUAAUAAUAAAUCAAGCUCCGUACCACUACUGGAUAUAUAUAGCAAUGAAAGCUCUGCAUCGUCGUCACAAAUUUCCCCCACUUCAAAAUCGCAAACUCCAGUUAGGCGAUCAAAAAGAGUUUCUGAAGCUGCUCGUCAGACUUCCACUGAAGAAGAGCUACAAAGGAAACUUUUUGAAAAUGAAAUAUCUAAGAAGUUUCAGGUGACAGUUGAGGGAAAGAAAAAGAUCUAUAUCAGUACCAAUGAUAGUUUUCAUGAUCAGCAGCUGGUGCCUGAGAAGAAGAAUAAAAGCAAAGUCAAUCACUCAAAGAAGGGAACAAAAAAUAAAAAGCAAGGUGACUCAUCAGUGGACGUUGAUGAUCUUGAUGAAAGAAUCCAGGCCCAAACAAAGGCUAUUGUGACUGGAUACCCUCUAGAGUUUGCCCCACCGGCAAAAGUCCAGAAAGAAGCUCUAUGGAAAAAAACCAAGAUAGGCUCGGGUCCUGGAAGAAAAGGUAACAAGGGAGGAAGAAGAAUCCAUAAAGGCAGCAAUAAUGACGGUUCAAAAGAUCCCACGCCGGAGCUUACAAAGGAGACUUUGGAAAACCAGAUCGAUAGAAUGGCGCCAGAACGGCAGCUAGAGAAAAAAUUACAGUUAGAUAAAGGCUUGAAAACACCAGAGGCUGAUGAAUUGACCAGUCAAAGUUUUAUUCGUGAUGCGCAAAAUGUAAAACCGGUGGUAAAGCGAGGGUCCUUAAAAUAUGAAGUCGUUCGUGUUCCGACUUCAAAAAAAAGAAAAACUGCUAGUUUGAUUGAACCAAGUGAUAAUUUCAAUUCGUCCAGCAAGAAAAAAAAGAUCAAGAAGAUCACUUUGAAUACCACUCCAAAGCUAACGAAUGGCUCCUUUGGAUAUGGCGGGCCAAUUGAUUUGACCGAUACCCCGAGAGCAAACUCCGGAUCACUCCAGCCAUUAGAUAAUAACGAAGAAUUCUGCUCUGGAUGUGGUGAACCAGGGUCCUUUUUAUGUUGCGAAGGAUGUCCGAAAUCUUUCCACUUUUCUUGUUUGGAUCCACCCUUAGAUGAGGAAGAGUUACCGGAUGGUGAUUGGUUUUGUGAUCAUUGUGUUGCCAAGAACCAUAAAGACAAGUUGAAGGCGCCUCCGGGAAUAUUUGGUAAAUUAUUACUUAGCUUACAGAAAACGAAUCCUCACAGGUUUGAGCUACCGCGAAAAAUUAGAGAAAGAUAUGAAGGGGUCAGCACAGGAAAGCUCGGGGAAUAUCAGGAUGAUGAUACCAAAGCUUCAAAGGAAGUUCAGAAAGGUGUGUUGCAACAGUUGGAACCAAUAAAAGCCUUCGACAAGGAUGGUAAGCCAAUGUUCUGUUACAAGUGUGGUGAAUCGGGAAUUGGGGGUAAGGAGUUGACCAAAUGUGAAUACUGUCCAUUGUUUUGGCAUUUGGACUGCCUAAGUCCGCCGUUGGCCUCAGUUAAGCUACUAGGAACCAAGUGGAAAUGUCCAAAUCAUAAUGAUGGUCUCUAUAAGAAGAAAAGAAGGUUGAAAAAAGCCAGUGUUUUAGAUGUUUCGGUUACUAGAGGCUUUAAAAGCAAAAAUAAUGAUAUUGAUAUCCAAAACACUGAGGAAACUGAAAAAUAUUUUGGAGAUACCAGUUUAUUGGACACUAGCGAUCAAACAAUUCUCGAACAGAACGAUGCACUGAACGUAUUUAAAGACAAAAGAUUCGAAGAUCGAAUGCCAGAAUUUUUCAAAAUUAAAGAUGAGGCAGAAGGGCUUUCUGCAGCAAUUCCAAAAGAAAAUUUGAAAAACUUUGCUAAAGGAAAAAACAGGGAUGAUAUUGAAAUUAUUUAUAGAGUUCCUGAAAGAGGCUUAUUGCUUGACUUUGUUUCAAAAGUAAGAGAGAAAAGGGAAACGGAGAUCAAGGAAUUCAAUAAUGCAACUCUUGGUUGCUUAAAUGAGAUUUUGAAAAUGAAAGUGGAUUACUCUCAAGAAGUGUUAAAGAACUUUAAUGGAGCCAAGAAUUUACUAGAGUUACAAAACAGUUUGGUGACCUAUAACAAAACUCAAGAAUUUAAUGCUUUUGUGAACAAUAUACUAAACCACAGUAACAUUGAAGGUAACAAUGUUGGAAUUGACAAUGAAGAGGAGAAGAUGGAGCUACUAAAUUUGAAGAGAAUGAUGAUGUUGGUUGAUAGGGAGAAAUUGAAGGAAUUUCUUAGCUGUGAGCUAUCUGGGAAGCAAGGGAAAGAUUAA